AUGUCCGCCUUCCACCACCUCAACAAGACGCAGCCGGCGCAGGUCACGGCGCUCAACCUGCCCGACAACACGUCGACCGUGCUGAUCAAGAAGCGCCAGAUCAGCGUGCAGCCCAUGGCGAUGCCGAUCCUGCAGCCCGACGGCGUGCUCGUCCGCGUCAUCGCGACGGGCAUCUGCGGCUCCGACAUGCACAACUACCUCGCUGGCGGUGUCGGUGGGCGGCCCGUCACCGAGCCGCUCGUCCUGGGCCACGAGUCGGCGGGCGAGGUCAUCGCCGUCGGAGAUAUGGUCACUACCCACAAGGUCGGAGACCGCGUUGCUGUCGAGCCCGGACUCCCCUGCCGCAGGUGCACCAACUGCAAGGCGGGUCGGAUGAACCUCUGUACCGACGGGCACUACUGCGGCUCGGUGGGGUCGGUUGGCUCGCUGUCCAAGUUCUUCGCCGUGCCGGCCGACAUGGCGCCCAAGAUCCCGGACAACGUGAGCUGGGAGGUGGCGGGCAGCAUCCAGCCGCUCGCUAUCGGCGUCAUGAUCGGCAAGCGCGGCGACCUGCGCCCGCACCAGACGCUCGCCAUCAUGGGCUGCGGCCCGAUCGGGCUCAUCACCGCUGCCGUCGCGCACGCGUACUCGGCGCGCAAGAUCAUCGGGUUCGACAUCAACCCCAAGCGCGUGGCCUUUGCGCAGAAGUACAUCAGCCCGCUUACCGGCCGGCCCAUCUUCGACCACGUCUUCCUCGUCGACGAGCUGCCCGGCACCGAGGAGGGCGCCGCUGCUAACGGCAACGGCCACGGCGGCGACCACGAGGACGUACGCGUCGGUGACAUCAAGUACGAGCACGCGCAGGCCCGCGCCGCAGAGUACCUUGCUGCUGCUGGCCUCGCUGGUGCAGACGGUGUCGACCGCGUCGUCGAGGCCAGCGGUGCCGAGGACGCUGGCCUGCUCGGCAUCGCGAUCGUCAAGCAGGGCGGGACCUACCUCGCUGUCGGCCUUGGUCACCACACGACCAACGCGUUCCCCACGAUCGCCGUCACGAACAAGGAGGUCGACGUGCGCGGCCUCACGCGGUACACGUCCGAGGCGUUCCCCAACGCCAUUGACCUGCUCGAGCGCGGUGUUGUCGACCUCAAGCAGCUGAUUACCAAGACGUUCCCCCUCAGCGAGAGCACGGCGGCCUUCGAGGCCGUGGCGGGCGGCGAGGAGAUCAAGGUCAUCAUCAAGAACCAGGAGGCAUAGGGGGUGCACCACCAGGGUUGAUGACGGUUGUACGGGUCUAGUUGUAGGUUGUUUUGCAUGCAGCAUUCUACAGUCGA